AUGGAUCGCUCAGCGUUCUCUGCCCAUGACUCAGUUGCGUACAUCUGGCAGCAGCUUGGUCUACCGGAAAAUGCUUUAAAGUCGCUCAAACUACCGGUCGAUGCUGAAUGCCUUCCUUCUUCUUUCAAAGUGGAUAUCCUCGCACAGUCAGCCAUCGCUGUAUCUGCACUCGCAGCAGCUCUCUACCGGUCCGUGCGACAUGCAAACGAGAUACCACGCGUGACCGUCCCGGCUGAGCAUGCAUGUGUUGAGUUCAAGUCUGAAAGACUCUAUACACUCGAUGGAAAGAUUGCAUCUCCGCCAUGGGGCACGAUUGGUGGAUUGCACAAAGCUUCCGACGGGUACGUAAGAAUACAUGACUCAUUUCCAAACACACGGCGGAACGCAUUGCAGAUCCUAGAACUAGGUCUUGAUUCUUCCAAAGAAGAUGUUAGAAAAAAGGUCAUGGAAUGGGAGGCUGUCCAAUUAGAAGAUGAAGCUUUUCGGAGAGGAGCUGUCAUCGCUGCACUACGAUCUUUUGAAGAAUGGGAUGCACUACCACAAGCCAAAGCUAUCGCGGACUUUCCGAUUUUAAUCAAUAAGGUCUCUAAAAUCACUCCUUACAUGCCACCGGUCCCGUCCGCAGUUGAAGACAACAAAUGUCUACGAGGCAUUCGUGUGGUCGAGAUGAGUCGAGUCAUAGCCGCUCCUGUUGCAGGCAAAACACUAGCUGCACACGGGGCGGACGUGAUCUGGAUCACAUCGCCAUCUUUGCCUGCUCUUCCAGAUCUUGACCUUGAUCUAUCGCGCGGAAAACGUACAGUACAGCUCGAUAUCGAGAAAAGCGAAGACAAAGCAAAGCUCUUGGAUCUGCUUUCCACAGCCGAUGUCUUUAUCCAGAGUUAUCGUCCCGGGAGUCUAGCCUCAAAGGGACUCUCUGCAGUGGAGCUUCACAAAGCAAAUCCCAACCUGAUUGCAGCAAGCUUAGAUGCUUACGGUCCCAAUGGUCCCUGGAGCCAGAAUCGCGGAUUUGAUUCGCUCGUCCAAACUUGCUCUGGUAUCAACGUUGCAGAAGCACAAAGGUAUGGUGACAAUGAGCCCGCACGUGUGCUACCGUGUCAAGCUUUGGACCACGGCGCGGGAUAUUUUCUAGCGACUGGGAUCAUGGCGGCACUAUACAGGCGUGCCACUGCAGGAGAUGUACACGAGGUGAAGGUAUCAUUAGCUGGUGUCAUGAAGUAUCUACGGUCUUUAGGGCGCUAUGAAGGCAAAAGCGAGUUUGAUCGCAAAGACUUUAAGAACCCACAAGACUUCGGAAGAUACCUGGAGUCUAGAGAGACAGCCUUUGGUACACUGAGAGCUGUCAGACAUUCUGGGAAGAUUGAGAAUGUCGAAGUUGGUUGGGAGACUAUGCCUAAGCCUCUAGGUAGUGACACUUCUGUCUGGCUCGACCAAACUCAUACGAACUGA